AUGACUAAACUUGAUUCCAUUGAACCUAAGCCAAAGAUGAAAAUCAUAGAGCCAAACAAAGAUGACAAACCUAAUGAAGAGAUUGAUAAUAGUAGUGAUGACUAUUCUGAUGAUAAUGACUCUUGUUAUGAUCAGGGCAUGAUAGCAAAUUAUGAGGAUGAAGAGGAUGAUGAAAGUGAUGAUGAGGAUGAGAAAGAACCAAUGGUGUUAAAGGCUUAUCAAGGGAAGAAGAUAUCUGCGGAACUUACUAAGAAAACUCCCUCAACUCUUCACCCUCCAAAGGAAACUAUAAAAAGUCCUACUAACAAUGACAAGAAAAAGGAGCAAAAUAAAAAAAUCUUUGCAUGUGCAUCUUGCAACAAAUCAUUUGGCUCCGAAGUUGCUUUACAAUCUCGUAUGAAAGCUAAGCACAAUGCUUUACAAACUCUUCAAGGGCCUAACCCACCACUUUUAUUGUUCCAACCAGUACCACCAAUGUUGCUAUUGUAG